AUGGCACUGAGCCUAGGGUGGGGACACUCAGGGGCUCCACUGAGCGUCACGGUGAGAGUGGACCUUCACUCUGAGCAGCGGGAGACCAAAGGUCUACCAAAAACUAAAGCCUCAGGGUGUAUUUUUAAGAUGCAGAAGGAAAACGAUGAAAAUAAGGAGGGGCCCUGCUCCUUAGGUUGUAUAGUUAUCUCCUUUUGUCAGCGUUGUAACAACGUCCACUGCUUCAUGAUUUUCUACUGCAUCCUGCUCGUGUCUCAAGGUAUUAUAUUUGGUCUUGUAAAUCUGAGCAUUGAUCAUUUUGAAAAGGACUAUAACCAGAAAACCUCUGAGACUUUGGCAUUGUCACUGACGUAUGAUGUUUCAUCUUGUCUGCUAGCAGUAUUUAUAUCAUAUUAUGGAGGAAGAGGAAACAUACCAAAAUGGAUUGCAAUUUCCUCCAUUUUAAUUGGAAUGGGAGCGAUUUUGUUUUCUUAUCCUUACUUUACUGUUAGAAAUUAUCAAUUGAAGAGAGAAAUUGAAGAUAUUUGCCAAGCAUCAAAGUUUACCAAUAUUUGCCAAGAAGGACCACCAUUAUUCCAUUCAAAAUAUACAACUUUCUUCAUCUUUGGGCUGAUUGUGCAAGGAAUAGCAGGAUUGCCUCUUUAUAUCCUUGGCAAAAUCUAUAUUGAUGACAACACAGACAAAUAUUCAUCUGGUAUCUAUUUAGGCUUUGGAGAAGCUUCAACAAUGACUGGCUUUGCUUUGGGAACUGCAUUAGGAGCACUACAAAUUCAGAUCACUGUGAAUAGAACUUUAAAAAAUGUUUCGAUUAGAAGCAGAAAUAUGCUUUGGAUGUGGAACUGGUGGAUUGCUUUUUUUCUUGCUGCUUUUAUUGCCUGGUCUACAUUAAUACCAUUGUCAUGCUUCCCACAGAAUAUGUCAGGUUCAACAAAGAAAAAAGCUGAAAAACGUAAACAUCCUGAUUGGAAUUAUAGCAAUGUUGAGCAUCAGGACUAUGGAACUAACAUCAAGGAUUUGAUUGCUUCUAUUUUGCUUAUGAUAAAGCAGCCAGUGUUUAUGUGCCUAGCUCUGUCCAGAGCUGCAGAAUAUUUACUUGUUAUUGGAGUUGCUGAAUUUUUGCCUAAAUAUAUUGAAAAUCAGUAUGAAUUAUCACACAAAGUGGCAUCUAUACUUGCAGGAGUUGUUUUACUUCCAGGAGGUUCAAUUGGCCAAAUAUUGGGAGGAGUCAUUAUUUCCAAAUUAAAGCUGACUUGUAAAGCCAUUAUGAGAUUUGUGAUAGUUACAUCUAUUGUAACACUUAUAUUACUUGUGUUUAUAAUUUUUAUACGCUGUGAACCAGUUCAUUUUGCUGGGAUCACUGAAAAUUAUGAAGGCACAGGGCAGUUGGGAAACCUGACGGCACCUUGUAAUGCUCAAUGUGAAUGCUCAACCUCAUAUUAUUCUCCUAUAUGUGGAAGAGACGAUAUUGAAUAUUUUUCUCCCUGUUUUGCAGGAUGUAAAAUUUCAAAAGCAUUUGAAUUGCAAAAGUUUUACUACAACUGUUCAUGUGUUACCAAAGGAUUAUUAAGCCAAGAUGAAGAAGGUGAUUUUAGUGAUGCUGAACUUCGGAAAUGUGAUUCAAACUGCUAUAAAUUGCCUUUGUUUAUUGCUUUCAUCUUUGCGACAAUUGUAUUUGCUAGUUUUUCUAGCAUGCCAAUCAUUGUGGCCAUACUUCGAAUUGCAGCUGAAAAACAACGUCCUCUGGCUUUGGGCAUUGCUUUUAUGAUUAUGAGGAUAUUUGGAACUAUUCCUGGACCAUUACUUAUUAAAAAGGCAGGAGAAAUGUCUUGUGCCUUUUAUGGUACUGGAAUUUGUGAACGCCCAAGAAUUUGUCAUCUCUAUAACAAGACAAAAAUGGUCAACUUAUUGGUAGGGAUAUGUAAGUAG